CUCGCAGGCUCAUCACGAGUUGAUCGACUUUAGAGAGUCUCCUAAGGGAAGUUGUUUUGGAAGAUCUCAAACAUAAAUCAGUUAGUGGGCGGCGGAGUAAAGAACUACUUUACUUUCAACGAUGAACCAACACUGGAACUGAGGGGAGUAAAAUCUCCGAAAAUAUCGAGAAAUGACAACGCGUUACUCAACUGUCUCUGGUGGCUCGGAUGAGCAAGUACAUCUGAUGAACGAUGAAGAGUAUAAGAGUCCGGAUCCGCAGUCUUCUCGUCUAAAUCGGAAGAGUUUGGUGAUUUUUUUUGGAAUCACUGUGGUAGCAGUAGCGUUAGUCAUCGGAACAGUCAUGGUGUCUUUAUAUUCUGGGAAAGGUGAAUCCUUCCCUGGUAAAAUGGUUCGAAGUGCAGAUAAGUUUCAGUUUCAGGAUAUUUUCAGUGGUCGUUUUUCUCCUGCGAUGUAUUCAUGUAACUGGAUAGAUGAUAAUAAAUACAUUACCUCUACACAAGAUGGAUUGGUAUUAGUAGAUUUAACUGAGGAUAAAAAAGUUAUUAUGCUAGAUGCUGAUACCAAGGAAAAGUUGGGGAUCUACAAACAUUGGUUUUCACCUGACAGAAGAUACAUUCUUUAUAUUAAAGAUCAAGUACAUCAAUAUAGAUAUUCCUUUUUUGCAGAGUAUUAUAUAUAUGAUCUUGUGACAGGAGUAGUUAUCCAAAUUGAUCCUGGAAAGGGAGAAGAUGCAAAGAAAAUACAAUAUGCCACAUGGGAUGAGAGUGGAAGUAGUUUGGCAUUUGUGUACAAAAAUGACAUUUUCUACAAGGAGUCACCCAAAUCAGCUGUCAAGCGGCUGACUGAUAGUGGUGUGGUAAACAAGAUCUUUAAUGGAAUCCCAGAUUGGGUGUAUCAAGAGGAGGUGCUUAACUCUGACCAUGCCCUUUACUUCUCCCCUAAGGCUACGUUCAUAGCAUUUAUUCAGUUUGAUGAUACUAAAGUGAAUUGGUACCAGUUUCCUUGGUAUGGCGAUAAGGGAAAUUCAUAUACCUCAAUACGAAAAAUUGCAUAUCCCAAACCAGGAUUUUCAAACCCAACAGUGACUGUGAAUGUGAUUCACCCGGAGACUGGGAACACGGUGUCAUUGUUGGAACCUGUUGAUUUCCGGAAAAUUGAUCAUUAUGUCAUUAACAUUGCAUGGGCUUCAGAAACAGCUGUAAUUGUGACCUGGCUUAACAGAGACCAGAAUAAAGCUGUGCUUCACAUGUGUAACCUGGAGCAGACAUCUACUUCUCCUUAUCUACGUUCCAUCUGUGAAGAGAACUCUGUCAUUACAGUGCAGAAUGGUUGGGUGGAUGAUAAGUACCAAACUCCUUAUUUCUCCAAAGAUGGAUCUUACUUUAUUACAAAAUGGCCAUUCUCACAAGGUGGUGCAGGAAAAUUUAUUCAUCUUGCAAAGAUAGGGACAAAGGGGAAAACAAAUCCUGUAGCAGUAACAAGUGGAGCUUGGGAAGUAGUGACCAUUCUUGCUCAUGAUGACAAAAAUGAGAUAAUAUACUUCAGUGCAACCAAGGAAUCACCAACUCAGCGUCAUAUCUACAGUGUGAAAAUAACAUCAGGAGAGCUUUCCUGCUUGACUUGUAAUCUAGCCACAGUGAUAAAGGGAAACAAGUGCUCCUAUUACAGUGCAAGUUUUAGCCUUGGUGGUAGCUGGUAUAUCUUGUACUGCCGAGGACCAGGAAUACCAGAAGUAACUCUCCGAAGCACAAACAUUGAUAAAGUUGAGACCCUGGAAGAUAACCACGCCCUUCGUGAAAGAUUGGAUGGAGUUUCUUUACCCGUAGUGGAAAGUUACAACAUCACAAGUGGUAGCUAUGAUCUUUACGUAAAAGAAUAUCGCCCACCAAACUUUGAUCCAAGAAAGAAAUAUGCUGUUCUAUUUUCAGUGUAUGGUGGUCCAGCAUCUCAGAAGGUUGUUGACAGUUAUGGAUAUGGAUUUGAAACUGGCUAUUUAGUUAGCAACUUUGACUUGAUUGUGGUGAAUGUUGAUGCCAGAGGAACAUGCUGCAGAGGAGAAAAGUUUAAGCAUGAAGUUUAUCGACAUCUGGGAGAAUAUGAAGCAGAAGAUACAAUUAAUGUUGCCAAGGAAGUUGCAAAGUAUGAUUAUGUUGACGAAACAAAGAUGGCCAUAUGGGGCUGGUCAUAUGGAGGGUUCUUGACAUCCUAUGUUCUUGGUGUUAACUCUGGUGUGUUUAAACUUGGAAUGGCUGUUGCUCCUGUCACAGACUGGAGAUAUUAUGAUUCCAUUUACACUGAACGUUACAUGCUCACUCCUGAAAAAAACCUUAAGGGAUAUGAGGCAUCAUCAGUUCUUAACAAGGCAAAAAACUUCCAAAAUGAUAGUUUUCUUCUUGUACAUGGAACAGGAGAUGAUAAUGUACAUUUUCAGAACACUGCUCAGUUAGUGGCAGCUUUGACAAAAGCUGGGGUCAAAUAUCAAGUCCAAUUUUAUCCAGACAAAAACCAUGGCUUAAGUGGUGAUGGAACAUCAUCACAUCUGUACCAUUUGCUCACAAGGUUUCUUGUGGAAAAAUUGUCUCUAAACAGUUGAUGCAAAGAAGACUGAAUGGUGUUGAGCCUUGUCAAGCAAUAUUUCAGAUAUGUUAAGCUAAUAUUAUUAUUUUUUCCUUAAAAGGUCAUAUAUUAGUUGUUAGAUUUUAUUAUUUUUGUGGGGUAAUCUAAGUAAGGCACUCUUCUGGAAAGACUGCACUGUUGGUUCCUAACUUGGAAAUUUCUUUUAAUAUUUUUUUAAGUGGAUGAAUUAAAUAUUUCUUCAUAGCAAUCAGAUAGUGAUCAUCCAAGAAACCUUUACAAAUGCACAGCUGGCACAAUUUUGGAGAAAGAACAGAAUGAAUGGUAUUUUUUUUUUAAAUUUGCCUUAGUUCAAGAUUUUUAUUGAGUGUGACAUUAAUAUUGUGCAAAGACUGGCACUAACAUUUGGUAUCAACAUAUGUGAAUGCACUACUCAAGGCAAAAGUUGCAAAAUUAUUAAAUCAAUGUAAGGGUAUUUUUUUUUUAAUAAUUAUAAAUUUGACAAUGUAUGAUGUGACAAAACUGUGCAUUGUUUGAGCCUUAAAAUGUCUAAAUAAAUAAAAUCACGGAAAGUCAACGACAUAUUACUCUUAACUUAUAUUGCACCUUAGACUACUUAAACCUCCAUCAGAUUGUGAGUAGUACUUUUCUUAUCUUAUGUAAUGUACACAAAGUAUUGAAAUGCUUGGAGCAGAAUUCUAGUUACAACAAUUGCAAGCAACAUGUUUAACGAAUUUCCAAUUAUCCAGAUGGCCAAUUAUCCUUCCUCAGUAUCGUAAUAAACAUUCAUACCUAUGCCAGUUAUCUGAACCAUAUAACUUUACUAAUUAAAGGGGCUAAACUUAGGUAGCUGCAAUUUUGCCAUUUAGCUAGAACUGUAUUUUUUCCCAUAAUUUUUUUAAGGCUUACUGUGUUGAUAAAAAAGAAGACUGUCACAAGGGUUUAAUAUUCAGAUAGAAGGAACCAAAAUGUUUGAAGAUACAGUAACACAGCUUCUUUACAUUUACUUUAAUAGAAAUUGUAAAGUUUGUGAAGGUUUUUCUUUCAACAAAAAAAUAUUGUUUUAACACAUGUGUAGGGACCACCCAUGCCAAAUGUGGGCUAUAAAUAAAAAGCUAAAUCACAAAUAAUGGUUACUAUAUCAUGAGUGUAAACCAGUAAUUAUUGUGCUGGCAUUGAAUUAAAUAAAUGAAAAACAGUUGGGAA